CUUCCUGAGUUGUGCUGCGGGCAUGCGCACUGGGCGUCCCCACGCCACCGCCCAUCAGCUGAGAAUUGCAGCUGAGGGCUCCGGGGUAGGUGGGUGACGGCGGUCGGAGGUGUAGGAGGGAGCCGUGGAGGUCCAGGUGACUGCUUAGAAAACUGCACAGCAUCUGAUGAAAUUAGCGAAUAAGAACAUCAGCCAUGUCUUACACUCCAGGAGUUGGUGGUGACCCCGCCCAGCUGGCCCAGAGGAUCUCUUCUAACAUCCAGAAGAUCACACAGUGUUCUGUGGAAAUACAAAGAACUCUGAAUCAACUUGGAACACCUCAAGAUUCACCUGAAUUGAGGCAACAGUUGCAACAGAAGCAGCAGUAUACUAACCAGCUUGCCAAAGAAACAGAUAAGUACAUUAAAGAGUUUGGAUCUCUGCCCACCACCCCCAGUGAACAGCGUCAAAGGAAAAUACAGAAGGAUCGCUUAGUGGCAGAGUUCACAACAUCACUGACAAACUUCCAGAAGGUCCAGAGGCAGGCUGCUGAGCGAGAGAAAGAGUUUGUUGCUCGAGUAAGAGCCAGUUCCAGAGUGUCUGGCAGUUUUCCUGAGGACAGCUCAAAAGAAAGGAAUCUUGUAUCCUGGGAAAGCCACACUCAACCUCAAGUGCAGGUGCAGGAUGAAGAAAUUACAGAGGAUGACCUCCGUCUUAUUCAUGAGAGAGAAUCUUCUAUCAGGCAACUUGAAGCUGAUAUUAUGGAUAUUAAUGAAAUAUUUAAAGAUUUGGGAAUGAUGAUUCAUGAACAAGGAGAUGUAAUAGAUAGCAUAGAAGCCAAUGUGGAAAAUGCAGAGGUGCACGUUCAGCAAGCAAAUCAGCAGCUGUCAAGGGCAGCAGAUUAUCAGCGCAAAUCCAGAAAAACCUUGUGCAUCAUCAUUCUUAUCCUUGUCAUUGGAGUUGCGAUUAUCAGUCUCAUCAUAUGGGGAUUGAACCACUGAAGUUAUAAAGGAGCACACUGUCGCACUACAUGGUCUAAAUUAUGUAGGAAGAUUCCUGUAAUCAUGUUUUUUUAAUUAUUAUUUUAAAGCUAUUGUAUAAAGGAUGGUUCCCAUACUUUGUUAUUUUUAUUGGGGGGGUUGGGGUGGUUCCUUUGGAUUAAAUCUGAUAUUUUCUAAUACUGAAAGAUUUUCUAAAUGUCACUGCUGACAUAACUCCCUUGGUCUUCAAUUUAAUAGUUGUUAAGUUUUUGCCCACAUUGCAUAUGCCUUUCAUUUAUAAUUUAUUUACCCUGCUUGACUUAGUUUUGGGAAUUCGUAAAUUUAAAGGUGUGUGUAUUCUGUUUGCAUCUCCCUGUCACUGUGACACACCUAGAUGUGUGUUACUUCAAUUAAAAUUCUCAAAUUUAAUUUUGAUUUGCUUCAGCAGGGAAAAUAUUCUCAAUAAUGUAAAAUAAUUAAGGUCUAUACAUGGGUUGUAUUUUUCUGGUUCACAACAGCACAAAGUGUCUUUCAUUUUUUUCUUGGUUUUCUUUUAAGAUCUUUUUUACCCUGAAGUCGGUGAAUACUUUUCUAGUUUAUUUGAUACUCCUUCUGUGUAUAUAUUAAGCUUUUGCUGUAGAUUGCCUAGUAAAAUUACUAAGGGUAGGUUGUUUUCACAUAUGGUCUAUUUAAGUCUGAUGUUUACGGGGGAAAGUGUAGUUACUAAAAAUGUUUAACAUAAUUUGGAAGAAGAGUAUGAACAACCAAUACCAAUACCUAUUGCGUUUGGAUUCUUAAGACCCCAGUUUGUUAUUCCACUAAACUAGUUAUCUUAACCAUAUCAUCUGGUUUUGUGGGCUGUUAUUUACCUUCCCUUAUGUCUUAUAGAAUAAUGGUUAAUAUUUUUAGGUCAGAAUUACUUUUGGAAAGUAACUUUCCCACAAUUAACUGUUUUUGAGCACCUGACAAAAUUUAGUGUUUACCUUGCGUGCCAUUUUGUGUCAUCCUUCAUUAGAAAAGCAAUUGGAGGUUUGCCAGUUAUCUCACUUCCCUUUUUAAAUCAAUGUUGUUUUAAUGCACUAAUCUGAAUUCUGUAAAGAGGAUUAUCUUAGUUUAUACUUUGUAUUUUAUAAUGUUCUUGUAUAGCAGUUCGGUACUGAAGGCGGUGUUUAACUUGGCAAGCUCUGAGACUUCAAUAAGUAGCUAAGUAAACCACAUCUUUGCAACCAAAAUAAAGAUGAGUUAAAAGGUAUCUGGUUAGGCCUAGUUCAUGAGGACUAUGCUCUGGUGGGACCACAGGUCACCUGAUACUUAGUGCUGUGCUGCCUGAAACCUCAGCAUGGAGACAUCACCACAUGCACUGUGGCCAUUCAGCAUCUUUCUGGAGCACCAGUUCACUCCAGGUUUUUAUUUUAGGGUAUCAUCGAUUUUACCUACUUUGUCAGACUGGUAGAAGUUGCUUUGCAUAUCAGAAAAACUCCAUUUUUUUCCACAAAAGGGAUUACAGAAAACUCUUUUGUGAGUGAGUGAUUGGAACUUAGAGACUCCUGUUGCCAGAAUCAGACUGCCCUAGAACAGAAUGGACAAUGCAGGAAGGAGAGUUCACACAAACAGCACCUGUUCUGAGGCCUGUGCCAGCCCACCAGGCCUGCUCAAAUGUGGUCUUUACUUCAAGUGCACAGAGGCACAUGAGGUUUCUGGUGAUAAACCAGCGUCUUACUGCUGUUUUAAAGUCCCAUCCCCAUGGCUUUCACAAUCAGUUCCGUUUUUUUGCUGUACUUGAUAAAAUGUUUAUUCUCAUACAGGUCAAGUACAUUUACUUCUAUUCACAGUGAGUACCCAAUAACAACAAAAGCGCUUACAAAUUUGGGGGGCGUGAUUUUAGUACCUUUAUUUGAAGUGUAAUCAUUUUAAAUUAUUAUUAUUUUAACUGGGGCAGUUAUCAGUGGUUUAAACAGGAACUUUAGUGGCUUCAAUUCGUUUAAGAAACAUAUUAAGUUUGAGGGAAAAAUUUCCCAUGAAAUAUUUGGAACGUAAGAGUAGUAUUGAUUAGAGAAAAUUAAAUAAGAAACAUAGUAUGGUAGCCAAAUUUUUUUUUAAAUCUUGAACUUUUCUGUAGGUCAGUUUUAGAAUUGCUGUGAAAAGUGAAGGUUGCCCUGUGGAGAAUAAAAUUAGAGUUGUUUUCAUAACUGACAGCAUGGUGAAUCCAUUUGAGUCAAAGUGAAGAAUUUCCUCAUCAAGUGACUAUACAUUUGUUUUUGUGUGCUCAAAAGAAAUACUCAAACACAGACUGAUAUUAACCAGCCAGGUAAAUUGAAUGACAGUGUGGCAUUAGGUAUUUGGCUGUUGUAUUGGUCGUUAAAUACUAUGGUUUUGCAAUAUGAUUGAUGGUAAAAGAGUGAUGUCAUAUUGAUACUAGAGUAGCUUGUUUUUUUAGUAGGCGUGGGACCAUCUCUUUUACAAGUGCAACUCAGUCUAGGACAGCCAUGGAUGCAGUGUCUGGAGUUGGACCCUCUGAGCCCGCUGGCUGCCCCAGUAGCAUCUGCAUUGGUGACCAAGGACACUGCACUUUGAAGAGGUCGCCACUGGGUUAUUUAGUGUCUUCACUGCUUUUGUUAAAAAUUGUAAAAUUUUGUACACAAAAAGUUGUGUUUUUGAAUAUCAAUUGUUUAGACACACCUACAAUGAUAAAUAAGUGCCUUUAAAGGCCCCUCUUUCGAUGAAAUACAUCUGUGGUUUAGCAAGGAAAGUAUAAAAUAGUUUAUGUAGUUGGUAUAAUUUUUAUUUGUGUCUUCGUGUAGAAAAAAUGAAUGUCAUAAUAAAAUAUAAAACUUACGUAAAGAAAAUAAA